CUUCGUUUCAGGACUACUCACGAGUUCCUGUUCGGGGCCCUUGCUGAGCUGGUGGAUAACGCCAGAGAUGCAGAUGCCACAAGAAUAGACAUUUAUACUGAGCAACGGGAGGAUCUGCGAGGUGGCUUCAUGCUGUGUUUUCUGGAUGAUGGAACGGGGAUGGAUUCAAAUGAAGCUGCCAGCGUGAUUCAGUUUGGAAAAUCAGCCAAGCGCUCGCCGGAGUCGACCCAAAUUGGGCAGUACGGGAACGGCCUGAAAUCGGGCUCCAUGCGGAUUGGGAAGGAUUUUAUCCUGUUCACGAAGAAGGACAACACUCUGACCUGCCUCUUCCUGUCCCGGACAUUCCACGAGGAAGAGGGCAUUGAUGAGGUCAUCGUUCCCUUGCCCACCUGGAAUGCACGGAACCAGGAGCCCAUGACUGACAACAUGGAGAAAUUUGCUAUCGAGACGGAGCUGAUUUACAAAUAUUCCCCUUUCAAGUCGGAACAGGAAGUGAUGGAGCAGUUUGACAAGAUCCGUGGUGAAAAAGGCACCCUGGUCAUCAUCUUUAACCUCAAACUAAUGGAUAAUGGAGAGCCAGAGCUGGAUGUGACUUCUGACCCCUGGGACAUUCAGAUGGCAGAAACCCCGCCAGAGGGAACGAAGCCCGAGCGCCGCUCCUUCCGCGCCUACGCCGCGGUGCUCUACAUCGACCCCAGGAUGCGCAUCUUCAUCAACGGGCACAAGGUGCAAACCAAGAGACUUUCGUGCUGCCUGUACAAGCCGAGGAUGUACAAAUAUACUUCAAACCGCUUCAAGACCCGUGCAGAGCAAGAGGUGAAGAAAGCAGAGCACAUGGCCAGGAUCGCGGAGGAGAAGGCUCGAGAGGCAGAAAGUAAAGCCCGAGCACUGGAACUGCGCCUGGGAGGGGAUCUCGCGCGGGAAUCCAGGGUGACCCUGCGCCAAGCGCAGAACACGGCGAUCGCGCUGCGCAGGGAGGCCGACGUCAAGAGGAGGAUGAAGGAGGCGAAGCAGCGGGCACUGAAGGAACCCAAAGAACUGAAUUUUAUCUUUGGUGUGAAUAUUGAGCAGCGUGAGUUGGAUGGCAUGUUCAUUUAUAACUGCAGUCGACUCAUAAAGAUGUAUGAGAAGGUGGGCCCCCAGCUGGAGGGUGGCAUGGCCUGUGGUGGAGUGGUCGGUGUGGUGGACGUGCCCUAUUUGGUCCUGGAGCCAACCCAUAAUAAACAAGACUUUGCCGAUGCCAAGGAGUAUCGGCACUUGCUGAAGGCCAUGGGAGAGCACCUGGCUCAGUACUGGAAGGACGUUGCCGUAGCCCAGAGGGGUAUCAUCAAGUUCUGGGAUGAAUUUGGUUAUUUGUCAGCGAACUGGAACCAGCCUCCCUCUAGUGAACUCCGCUACAAGCGCCGCAGAGCCAUGGAGAUCCCUACCACGAUCCAGUGCGAUGUGUGUCUGAAGUGGCGGACACUCCCAUUCCAGCUGAGUUCAGUGGAGAAGAAUUAUCCUGACAGCUGGGUGUGCUCCAUGAACCCUGAUCCUGAACAGGACAGAUGUGAAGCUGCAGAGCAGAAGCAGAAAGUGCCCCUGGGAAGUCUGAAGAAAGAUUUGAAGUCACCAGAAGAAAAGCAGAAGCAACUGUCAGAGAAGAUCCGCCAGCAGCAAGAGAAGCUGGAAGCUCUGCAGAAAACCACUCCAAUUCGAUCUCAAGCUGACUUAAAGAAACUGCCUCUGGAGGUGACCACACGGCCUGCAGGAGAGACCACUCGGCCACUGACCAGACCGCAGCGCCCUCGAUCUCCUCCUUUACCUGACAUAAUUAAAAACGCCCCCAGCAGACCACCCUCGUCCAAGACUCUUCCAAAGUCCUCCAGUCAGCAGAAAAAGAGUUCUCCAGCUCAGCCAAGCACUAGCACGCCCGAAGUGGCCAGCGUGUCCUCCAAGGAGGAGGCCGGUACUUCCAGGACACCCCAGCACACUGGCACAGCUGGCAAGUCCAACAACACUUUAAGAACUCAUGCCAAAUCAGGAGCAGCAGCAAAGUCCCCCUCCACCGUCCCACAGAGCCCCAAGAGCCCACGCGAGACAUCGAGUCCCAAAACCACAAAAGUGCCAGGAAAGAAAUCAGCUGCUGUCAGAUCUACCCAGGCCUCCACCACGCGGAAAAGGACUUUAAAUGCCACAGAAGAUGGGUCUGAGGAAGACGUGGAGCAGAAGAGGACGACUAAACGAGGCAAAUAUGUGAUAUUGAAAGAGGAGAAGAAGGAAUCAAGUGAAGUGGUGGUGGAGCUCACGGACAGCGCAGGAGAAGAGGAGCUAGCAGAGCUGAAGAAGGCUCAGAAAGAUAAAGGGCUGCACGUGGAGGUGCGUGUGAACAGGGAGUGGUUCACGGGCCGUGUGACAGCCGUGGAGCUGGGCCAGAACACUGUGCGCUGGAAGGUGAAGUUUGAUUAUGUUCCUACAGACACCACACCGAGAGACCGCUGGGUGGAGAAGGGCAGUGAGGAUGUGAGGUUAAUGAAGCCUCCCUCUCCAGAGUACCAGACUCCAGACACGCAGCAGGAAGAGGAGGUUAUUGCAGCUGAACCUUCUACCUCAGACUGUGCCAGAAUUGAGCCAGACACCACUGGGCCCAGCAGCAGCCAAGAAACAGUCGACUUAUUAGUGCAAAUCCUUCGGAACUGUUUGCGGUACUUCUUACCUCCAAAUUUUCCCAUUUCCAAGAAGGAGCUGAGUUCCAUGAGCUCAGAGGAGUUGAUGGCAUUUCCCUUGAAAGAAUAUUUCAAGCAAUAUGAAGUAGGUCUGCAGAACCUGUGCAAUUCCUAUCAGACACGUGCCGAUGCCCGGGCCAAAACCAGCGAAGAAAAUCUCCGCAACGCAGAGAAAAAGCUGAAGGAAACAGAAGAGAAGCUGCAGAAGUUGAGGACUAACAUUGUGGCCCUGUUGCAGAAAGUGCAGGAGGACAUUGAUAUUAAUACAGAUGAUGAACUGGAUGCGUAUAUCGAGGACCUCAUCACCAAAGGAGACUGAGCAGCCCAUUACAGACCCUGGAGAAAUGCAGAGUUGGUUGUUGCGAGCAGAGAUGCAGAUUCCUGCAGUGGAAGGACUGUGGCACCCAAGGAGAGCAGAG